AUGCUCGCCACACAGCAACGGCUCCUUGCCCGCCGCCUCAGCUCAGUAGCCACAACAACAGCAACCCCGUCACGAGCGCUGCUACUCCUACGAUGUAGUAGUAGUAAAAGAAGUGUUUUUGCUGUGGGCCCACAGAGAACACCGACGGCGGCGGUUGUAUGUUUCCAGCCACGCCGCGGCAUUGCAACGGGGCCAAAUGGGCAGAGGAGGGGGAUGAUGUCGGCGAUGGCUGAAGUGGAGGAGGAGACGGCCGACGAUUUUGGGACUCAGGGUGUGAUCAAGGGCCCAAUAGACCAAUACCAGCGCUGGGUCUCAGAAGGAAAGCUACGAGACGAUGAAUACCAGAGAGGCAUCGUAAUGAACCUCCAAAAGCUCCACGACGACCUCCAAAGCUACCAGCCCCCCACCGUCGUCCGCCCCACCCUCGACUCCCUAACCCCGCCCCCACCCCGCUCCUUCCUCUCCUCCAUCUUCUCCGGCCCCCCACCCCCACCCGCCACCACCGUGAUCCCAGAAAACACGCCAAAGGGCCUCUACCUCUUCGGUGAAGUCGGCUCCGGCAAGACCAUGCUCAUGGACAUGUUCUACCACACUCUCCCCGCACACAUCACUUCCAAGACCCGCAUCCACUUCCACGCAUUCAUGCAAAACAUGCACAAGCGCCUGCACACCCUCAAAACCACCCACGGGGCCGACAUGGACGCAAUCCCCUUCGUCGCUGCCGACAUCGCCGCCGCAUCCAGCGUCCUCUGCUUCGACGAGUUCCAGUGCACGGACGUCGCAGACGCAAUGAUCCUCCGCCGCCUCCUCGAGGCCCUCCUCUCCCACGGCGUCGUCGUCGUCGCGACAUCGAACCGCCAUCCAGACGACCUCUACAAGAACGGCAUCCAGCGAAAUAGCUUCCUCCCUUGCAUCGCUCUCCUAAACACAAAACUCACAGUCAUAAAUCUCACCUCCCCCACCGACUACCGAAAGCUCCCGCGGCCAGCGUCCGGCGUCUACCACCACCCGCUCGGGGCCGACGCAGUCGCGCAUGCGAAUAGGUGGUUCACGUACCUUGGCGACCCGGCGGACGCGCCGGGACCGCGUAGCCACACGAUCUGGGGAAGGGAGGUGAGGGUGCCGAUGGCGAGUGGGCGCGCGGCGAGGUUUAAGUUUGCAGAGCUGUGUGGGAGCGCCACGAGCGCGGCGGAUUAUCUGGAGCUCUGUAGGCAUUAUGGCGCGUUUGUGGUCGAGGACGUGCCGGCGAUGGAUCAUAAGAGUAGGGAUCUUGCGAGGAGGUUUAUCACGUUUGUGGAUGCGGUUUAUGAGAAUAAGGCAAAAUUGGUACUCACGACCACCACCCCGCUGCACCAGCUCUUUGUCUCGGAGGCGGAGAUGAAGGCGGCGGCCGACGAGGAGGGCGCGGACCUCGACGGCGCGAUGAGGAGCUUGAUGGAUGAUCUAGGGCUGAGCAUGAAGAUGCUGAAGGACAGCUCCAUCUUCAGCGGCGAUGAGGAGCGGUUCGCGUUUGCGAGGGCGCUGAGCAGACUUAGCGAGAUGGGGAGUGUGAUGUGGAUUGAGAGGGAGUAG